CUACAUGAUGGGCUCUUGAGGCACGUGUAGCAACGCCUCGCAAAGCACACCUGGCGCUGCUCCUCUCCGCCGGCCAGGGAUCUGACGGACCUCCAACGGACACCAAGAUGAAUUUGAGAAGGCUCUGUCUCGCCGCUUAAAGAAGCGGGGUGUGAGAGGAAAUGAACGCCUCGGUGAUCAGCGAUCUGCAGACCGCCAUUGUGAACACAGAUCCAGCGGGCGUGAGGCGACUCUUGGACCACCAUGGCCACGCUAUCAAGGACCGGCCGUCCUGCGAUAAGGACGGCUGGUCUCCCCUGCACGUGCUCGCCAAAUCGGGCGACGACUUUAUGAACUGCGAGUGUAUGAAGGAAAACGUGGUCGACGCAGACGGCUCGAAGGGGAGACUCAUCAAUUCGCCGAGCUGCGACGUGAGGACGCCGUUGCAAAGCGAACAUAUGCUGGCAACUUAUAAUUCCGUGAUAUAUAAUACAAGACAAAAUGCUCUACAAACUACAGACAACGGGAGAGCUCCCACUCACCCGCCUUGGUCAUGGGCGUGGGCGUGCGACCCAUCACUCGAGAGGCACCAUCGCGCCCGCAUGGCUAUCGUGUAUAUGCUGUGUGACGCGGGCGUGGAUGUGAAUGGGCGGGACGCUUCUGGCCUCACUCCCCUCCAUUAUGCUGCUAGGAGAGGAGACGCGGCUGUGUGCGACGUGCUGCUGCAGUGCGGCGCCGACCUGUAUGCCGCCCACGAUGGCCUCGCUCUCUGGGAUGAAGUGGAGAUGAUGGCGCGGGCAGAGGUCAAGGAGAAGAGGCUGAACCAGAUCAACCAGAACGGCCAGCCGGGCGAGGCCGAGAGCCCCGCCGGCGACCCCCGCGAGAGUGACUACGAGCAGGAGGCCGACCCGUACGAGCACGACCCCAACUUCGCCGCUUCCGUCCACGACCCCCUCGAGUACCCCCCGAGCGGCAGUUCCGACUCGCUGGAGGACGACCCUCGACGACCUCCGCUGGGUCCUGCUGGGGCGGUGUGGAGGGUCUUCAGGUUCUACUGGCCGGGGUUGUGGCGCGCCGUCGCCUCGCAGGACAUCAGCAAGGUGCGUCAGCUGAUCAACUCGUGGUGCCGCGUUGACCUGACCCGCGGAGGCCUGACCUUGAGGGAGCUCGCGGUGGGCACGGGUAACGAAGCUAUCAUCUCCCUGCUCCUCAGCAUCCAUCCCUCUAUGUGUCUGGUGCACCACGCCCUCGCCGGGGACAUGGAGGCGGUGCGUGAACUGCUAGAUUCUCCCGCCAGGAAAAAAAUCAACAUUGACAUCCGGAAACUGAGUGAGCGCGGCGCCCCCCUCCUCUUCUUCCUCAUCCGGGGGGGACAGCAUCGCCUCAUCCACCUCCUUCGUUCACACGGCGCUUCCCUCUACACCCACAUUCUGGAUGAUUCGAUGGUAGAUGUACCAGUAGUCUUUACAGCCUUAGAACCUUGGAUGGACCCCGAGGUAAUCAAGAGCCUCCUUCCAGACGCUACCUCAAGGGAGGCCCGCCUGCUGGAGAGAGUCUGGAACCGGGGCAAGAACGUGCUACGGGUGGCGGUGGAAAACGGUGUCCACAGGGAUGCCAUUGAGGCCAUACUCAAAGUUGGUGGCCCCGCCCUUCUCUGCGAGCGUGACCCCGAGGGCUUAACGGUUGUAGACGUGGCACUCCAGAACGGUCGUCAGGAUCUCGUGUCUCUCAUGGACACCUUCGUGGCUCUGUGGCUCACCCGACCCGACCUCUACCCCAAACGGCGCGACCUCCUUGCUCUCAGAGGAUUCGAUCGCCUGGAGGUGGUGGCGGACGCCCACGAGAGCCUGGAUCAGGACGUUGGGCUGUUCUUGCAGGAAUACAGGAGGUGUCAGGGCGUCCUGCAGCAGAUGUUCCGGGCAGUGGAGGACGGCGAGACGGCAAAAGUGCAGCAGUUACUGUACUUCGAGAGUGACAUCUUUCACCUAGUCGAUCUCCUAUGGCAAGGAAGACUCGCGGGAGAUGGAAUGCCCCUCCUUCACUGGGCUGUCCUGCACGGCCGAGAGCAGAUUGUGAACCUCAUCUUACGAGCCCCAAUGGAUCAUCCUGCAGCUCACGACAACCACGUCACGCCCAGGUUCUGCCCCGACGAUGUGCGAGAUCAGUGGAGACGGACGCCCUUGCACUACGCCUCCGGACUCCUCGACGAUACUGCUAUCAAAGCUUCUCUGCUAGACUUAGGCUCCUCUGAACAUUCGCUGGAUAUGGAGGGUCGAGAACCAUUAGAUUUCCGGGACGCCCGUGGGAGUCCCGCUCUCUGUAACCUUCUGGAGAACAUAAGGAAUAAGAUCCACACGCCCCCUGACCUGGACCCGUGGGACCCGGACGUCCUCAGGUCUCACCUGGAGAACCAGAGGAGAGAGCGCUUCCACCACCACCAGAGCCAGCACCCUCACCACCACCACCAUCACCACCAUUACCAUCACCACCAGUACAUGGGUUUCAGCAACGGGCACAGAGCUCCUUACUCGCCAUCGCGCCCCGCCCCUUACUCCCACGGGCACGAUAUGGGCGGUCCUGCGUGGCCAUACCCCGCCCACUUCCCGACGUCCCCCGGAAGCAACUUCCACUGGCCGCUCCCCCGCCAGGCUGGCCAGCUUCCCCGCGAGCACAGGGGCGGUCAGCGCCUGUGCUGCAUCAUGUAGUGAGGCUUAGACUGUGUGCCCUCCAAUUCAGUGUCAAAAUGGAGGUCGAAUCAAAGAGACAAAUUUCCUAAACGUAGACACAAGAGAUUUCGAUACAGAUGGAAUAGUCAAAGCGUUCUAUUUUUUCACGAAAUGCUCUUCUUUCCUAUGGUUUAGAGACGGUAUGCUUGUUGCUAUGCCUCGUAGAAGUAGUAAAUCUUCAGUGAUUUGUAAAGAUGAUAUGUAAGUCAGGGGCAUUUUCCGAAAAAUCGGUACUUUGCAGGGAUGUUUGGCAUUGAACUCCUCUUCAGUGUACUAUUAGUGACAUGAAAGCUCAGGUUCAACAAAAUGCAAUAUUUGUAUUCAAUAUUAGAACCUAAGAUGGAACAUGUUUUGCAUGGAAUCAUAUGAAAUGGAUUUAUCGUAAAAUCUACCUAAGAUUACUCCAACCCGGGAUCGAUACCAGUUGCAUGAACCAGUGGCACCAAGUUGCAAUGAAGACCCAGUGAACUCAGUUACCAGUGACGAAUGAAGAAGAGAGUAAACAGUGUCACUUAUCAAGAGCCACAAAGACUAUUUAAAUUAUGUGAUCGAAUUUGCUACGUGCAUGAAAGUAUUCCUCCAAUAUUUCGAUAAUCUGCAAUUGCUAUGCUCAGGACAUUUUUUAGGAAACAAAGCUUUAAGAUUUCCCCUUAUCUCGUAAUUAACAGUAAUUCGUAAAUAUUCUAAUAAGCUUUCAGAAAUGCUCUGCAACCUGUAGUUUUUUCCGGGUGAGG